AUGGCCGCUGGUGCAGGAUGCGGGGAAUCGGUGGAUCAGUACCGGGCCGAGGUGGAGCGGCUCGCCCAGGAACUGGCCGAGGCGAACCGGGAAAAGAUCAGGGCUGCGGAGUGCGGUUUAGCUGUCCUGGAGGAGAAUCAGGCGCUGAAGCAGAAGUAUACAGAGCUAGAGACCGAACAAGAGAUCCUCAGGAAGGAGUUGGAGCAGUUACAAGAGAGUAACGAGAUGCUCGAGCUGCAACGGAGCAGAAUGAGGGAGGAGAUCAAAGAGUACAAGUUCAGAGAGACCCGGCUGCUUCAGGACUACACAGAGCUGGAGGAGGAGAACAUCACGCUUCAGAAACUGGUGUCCACACUCAAGCAGAGCCAGGUGGAGUACGAGGGACUGAAACAUGAAAUUAAGGUGCUGGAGGAGGAGACUGUCCUUCUGAACAGCCAGCUGGAAGACGCUUUGCGCUUAAAGGAAAUCUCUGAGGGUCAGUUAGAAGAAGCCCUGGAUGCCCUCAAGACUGAGCGCGAGCAGAAGAACAAUCUGAGGAAAGAACUAGCCCAUCACAUCAGCCUGGGCGACAGCGUCUACGGCGCAGGGGCCCAUCUGGCGCUAACCGUCACCGGGGUUGAAGGCCUGAAGUUCCCCGAGGAGAGCAACGGCACUAACGGCAGCGCCAUCCCUGCUGCUAAUGGCAACAAUGAGGACAACAACCGCUGCAACGGUCACUUUCACGCUGGCUCUGGGAUGGCUAAGAUGAACGGGGACUACAGACCCGGCCGAAAGGGAGAUGGCCUUCACCCGGUGCCAGAUCUGUUCAGCGAGCUCAACUUGUCAGAGAUGCAGAAGCUCAAACAGCAGCUACUGCAGGUGGAGCGUGAGAAGGCAGCACUGCUCAAGAACCUGCAGGAGUCCCAGACUCAGUUGCAGCACACACAAGGUGCCCUGACUGAACAGAACGAGCGCGUCCAUCGUCUCACAGAGCGCGUCAACGCCAUGAAACAUCUCAAUGGAGACAAAGAGCUCGAUGACCCAGAAGAGAGUGAGAAACCCAAUGGGGGGUCCUCAUCCCCAACGGCCAAUAGCCAUCAUGAUCUCGAUAUCCACGGUUUUAAGAUUCUCGAGUGUCGGUACAAGGUGGCGGUGACCGAGGUGAUCGACCUAAAAGCAGAGCUCAAGGCCCUGAAGGAGAAGUACAAUCAGGCGCAGGUAACACAGUUGGAGCGAAGUUAUCGUGAAAGCCGGGAAAGGGUUGUAAGCCUGGAGGCGGAGCUCCGAGCAACUGCGAGCACUGCCUCAGAGAGCCAGGGCAUGCUGAACGCUGCCCAGGAUGAGCUGGUAACCUUCAGUGAGGAGUUGGCGCAACUCUACCACCACGUCUGUCUGUGCAACAACGAGACACCAAACCGAGUCAUGCUAGAUUACUACCGCCAGAGCCGAAUCACACGCAACGGCAGCCUCAAAGGCUCGGAGGAUCCUCGAGCUUUGCUCUCGCCUCGCCUGGCGCGACGUCUCGCAGCAGCAUCGGCGGCCUGCUCCUCGGAGUCUCCGCGCAGCUCCACAGACUCCCCAUCCAAAGAUGCCCAGCAUAACGAGACAACGACUCACAACCCAGCGGACUCCUGCCACAGCAGCCCUACCCGCAACUACACCGGCUCCCCGGUCGUCGGCAUCUCUCCUUGCCCAUCUCCGGUACCUUCAGACUCAAGUGGGGACCUGCGGAAGGAGCCGAUGAAUAUCUAUAACUUAAACGCCAUCAUCAGAGACCAGAUCAAACACCUGCAGAGGGCUGUUGACCGCUCGCUGCAGCUGUCCAGGCAAAGGGCUGCAGCUAGGGAGCUAGCACCCAUGCUUGACAAGGACAAAGAGUCCUGCAUGGAAGAAAUACUAAAGCUCAAGUCCCUGCUUAGUACUAAGAGAGAGCAAAUAGCUACACUCAGGCUGGUGCUCAAGGCCAAUAAGCAGACAGCAGAAGGUGCGCUGGCUAAUCUGAAGAGCAAGUAUGAAAAUGAAAAGUCAAUGGUGACAGAGACCAUGACGAAGCUCAGGAAUGAGCUGAAGGCUCUGAAAGAAGAUGCAGCCACCUUCUCUUCUCUCAGGGCCAUGUUUGCGACGAGGUGUGAUGAAUAUGUGACACAGCUGGAUGAGAUGCAGAGGCAGCUAGCGGCAGCAGAGGAUGAAAAGAAGACGCUGAACUCCCUCCUCCGAAUGGCCAUCCAGCAGAAACUGGCCUUGACCCAACGCUUGGAGGAUCUGGAGUUUGACCACGAGCAGACUCACCGUACCCGCGGUGCUAAAGUGCCCAAGAUAAAAAGCAGCCCACCCAAAUCCUAAAUUUCUGGCAGACCACCAGGAACGCCGAGCAGUCCUGUCCAGCAGAAGAAGCCUUCUCUCCCCUUGCGACCCUCGUAACUGUCUGGCCCGGCAGCCCCAUCCUCCUGGCACCUAACCACGCUGGUCCUGCUCAGACCUCAGUCUGGAAGCAGUCCUGCAGAGACACAGACACACUGGACGGGGGUUCCCUCAGUUUAGCUCCCCUCCACCAAGCAGUCCAACCGGGUGCUUACUGGGCUCUGUGAUCUCACUGAGCACUACACUGCCCAGCUGUGGCCGGCCUCCUGGUUACCUGGGUCGUAGAAGAGGAGCAGGAUGCUUCCUUCAUCUCUGGAAGUGACCUACUGUCCCGGAAACACAAAACAGAGACCUGACCUGAGGCAGAAAUGCCAGUGAACACACUGAAAUCUGCCGCCCUGUUUCUCCUAGUAUUUAUUUAUAAUUUAUUCACUCUGCCAAUUAUUUAUUUCUGAUAUAUUUAUUACUUGUAUAUUUUUGUGUGUUUUCCUUUUUUGUCAUUCUGCGAGAUGGAGCUCAAAGACAGUUUUCCUGCUGUGAUGAAGACUUAAACAUUUUAGCACAUUCACUACUGUAUAUGUAUAUUUGUUUCCCCAAAAAACGUCUUCUUUUGUAAAACUUAAGGAAAUUGAAAUAUUAGAUUUUACCAGCAUAAUAAUCCCCAAAAACUCACAUAUAUGAUUUUUACAAAGGGAUGUUAGCAAAUAUGGUUUUUGUAAACAGGCUAAUGAAGGUCUAGAUUCAAAGAAUAAGAAUGUUUUUUAUUUUGUUGUUGUUUUUAUGAUGGCGAAUUGAAUUGUGUUUUGAAUCAUCAGUAGUCUGGAUGCUUGUGGACUAUUUUAUAACUCCUGCUUUGAUUUUUUUUAAUGAUUUACAGCAGGUGAUGUGUUGUUUGUCUGUUACAUAGCUCAGGUCUCUCAGAGACCGGGGUAGGUGAGUGGUUGGGUGUUUGAGAUCAAGACUAGGGCUGUUGGGCUGCGGUUUUUAUUUUGCUCUUUGAAUUGCACAGGUUUAAGUGACCGUGGAGUGAACUGACCUCCUUUUUUAACAUUAGCUAAGGACAGAGGAUUCCCCAAAGGUGUGCCUCCUCUUAAGUAACUGUCACCUUCAUCAUUGUAAUCUCACCAUUUUCUUCAGAAAACUUUUAUUAUUCACAUUAACACCCCUAAUUAUGACAUUAAGAAAAAUGUUAAUCAUACUGACAUUUUCCAUAUCCGAGCUUACGCUGUUCUCAAAACAUCACCUUGUUCAGCUUUCUCUACAUGCUUACUCCAUACAGUAUGGAGUACUGUUCAAGCACAGUUCUGCACUAUGCAUUAGAGCAAUACAGUCGCCCCUGUUUCAGACUGAUCUGGGUAAGAUUUACCAAAUCUUUUAACCAUUUCCGCCGUCAUGAACUAACCAGCAGGAUAAGAAUGAUAAAACAGCAGGAGGAGUGUUGGCGAUUUUGAUGAAGGAGCACUAUUGUCAAUUUCCUGUGUAAAAAUUGAGACAUUGUUGCUUUUGAAACACUGAGAUGGGCAGUUUG